AACAGAUUUCUGUCAUUGAGAAAACAAUUAUCACCUUUUCAUUGCUGCUCAAUGGGGGAAGAAACAAUUAGGUAUGCUGUUGUGACAGGGGCAAAUAAGGGGAUAGGUUAUGGGAUAUGUAAGAAGCUGGUUUCAAGUGGGAUUGUGGUGGUGCUGACAGCUAGAAAUGAAGAGAGGGGCUUGGAAGCUGUAGAAACACUCAAAGAGCUUGGUCUCUCUCACCACCUGCUUUUUCAUCAGCUUGAUGUGGAUGAUCCUGCUAGCAUUGCUUCCUUAGCUCAUUUCAUCAAGACCCAAUUUGGGAAACUUGAUAUCUUGGUGAAUAAUGCAGGACUUCCUGGGGGAAAAUUAGUAGACGGUAAUGCUUUACUUAGAAAGAGAAAUGGUGAAAAAAUUGAUUGGAAUGAAGUAGGGUAUCAACCCUAUGAGUUAGGUGAAAAAUGUUUGGAAACAAACUUUUAUGGUGUAGAAAGAGUAACAGAAGCUCUUCUUCCCCUUCUCCAACUAUCCACUUCUCCAAGAAUUGUCAAUAUUUCCUCCAGAGCAGGACUCUUGAAGAAUAUAUCAAAUGACUGGGCUAAGACCAUAUUUGGUGACAUUGAAAACCUCACAACACAAAAAAUAGACAAGGUGCUUAAAGAGUUUCAGAAAGAUCACAAAGAGGGAUCAUUGGAGAUCAAAGGUUGGCCAACAUUUGCUUCUGCUUACACAAUCUCAAAAGCAGCUUUAAAUGCUUAUACAAGGAUGAUGGCAAACAAAUACCCUCAUUUUCAAAUAAAUUCUGUGUGCCCUGGUUUUGUCAAGACUGAUAUGAAUAACAACACUGGAAACUUAAGCAUUGAUGAAGGUGCUGAAACUCCUGUGAUGUUGGCACUGUUGCCAAAUAGGGGUCUUUCUGGUUGUUUCUUUAAUCAGGGUCAAGUAAUACCCUUUUGAUCUAGCUAAUAGUUUUGAUUAAGAUGAUCAUAGCCAUGAACUUUUAUUGAAAUAUGUCAUAUGUCAACAUAAAAGCUUUUUCCAACAAAUUUAUUCAGGGUCUUAUUCUGUUAGUAAGUUUGUGGCUAGCUAGUGCAUGUGUGAGGGAUAGAACUUGUAUACCAGUAAGUUUUUCCUUUGUCUCAUUUUGUACACACAACUUUCCCAAAUAUGUACAGGGCCACUGCCAUAUAUGUACAAGGUUGCUAGAUGUCCUAAUAACCUUAACAUAAAAAAAUCCACUCCCUUUUAUGAAAGACUUGAUAUUUGGAGGCCAAUAUAUGGCUUACA